AUGUCAUUGAAAAAAGAAAUGGAUGAAGAGCAAUGGGACCAAACAGGGAUGACUAGAGAAAUUGAGGUAAUUCAUAGAUGUUUAAAUGACAUAGCUAGACAAGUAACUGAUCUAAAUAAAUAUGUUGAAACCUUAUUUGGGAAAGUAUAUGAAGAGAUUCAUAGAGUCUCUUCAAAAUUUACAGUUUUACAAGAAAAUGUGACCCAAUUAACUGAUGUUAUUACUGCUAAGCAUGCAAAUGAAGGGUUAACAAUGCAAGUUGGAGAAUUAGGGAAUACUUUUCCAAGUACAACUAUCCGAGCACAGCAAAUAUGCGCCUUGAAUUCAAUAUUUCUUAACACAUAUGAAAGUUACAGUGAUGAUGUAAAGAUAUCAUCUGUUACCACAGGUAAUUCUUACCACUUGGAUGAACUAAAAGGUUUAAUUUCUCCUGAUACUUCUUUCCAAUUAUGUUCAUCUUGUCCCAAGCUUUGGGAAGAAAGGAAUAUAGCAAAAAAUAAAGGACAUAAGAUGGAAAUGUUUUUGGAGAACAAGAAGGACUUACAUCAUUACAAUGACUCAAAACAUUUACCACAAUUUCAACCAAGGGGCGAUAAUGUUCCAGCUGCUUGUGACAAGAUGUUUCAUUCAUAUGUCAAUCAAUCAUCUGAAAAUUCUGCAUUUGCCACUUUAGAGUCUAGUAAAAUCAGCACUCUUCUAACAAAAGUUGUAGGAAAAGCAUUAUCCAGUGCUUUGCACCCAGAGUGUUGUGCGACAGGAGAUAGGGAAAAUUCAUGUGUCUAUGUCAGUUAUGGAAUCGGAAAGAGGGAAGUAGAACCCCAACCUCCAAAUCAUCAUGUAAAAGCAGAAGUGCUUAUGAAUCCUAAAGCACCAGCCUCGUCACCUCCACCACGAUUUAAUUGGUUAGCUGGAUUAAGGGCUUCAAAGGGGUCAGAAAUUCCAGCAACCAUUCAACCUCCAACUAAAGCAUCAUUACUUAUUUGGAAACAUACAACAGCAGCAAUAGCAACAGCAGCAACACCAUCAGCAGCAGCAGAAUCUUGUUGCCUACAAUCUACUCCUUAUACAGACACUCCAAUUACACCACCAAAAGCAGAAUUCUGCCCUAUAGUACCAGAAUCUUUUAUGUAUUCUGAAUUGAAACCAAAUGACCAAAAUCCACAAGGUAAAAGAAUGACUUCACAUUUAUACCCUUCUUCUGUUAUAGAUGGUACCCAUUAUGCUUUAUGUGAGCAACCACAAACCUCUUCAGUUUUUCAACCUGUGUCAUCUUCUGUUUCCCAGUCACCUUUACUUGCAAAAUCAGCAAUAUCUUCAUUUCCAUCAAAACUUAAGUCUUCACAUCCACCAUUACCACAAAAUUUGAUUCUCUCUACAGCACAGUCUUCAAUAGCACCACAACAAAGAUCUUUAACUUCACAAAGGUCAACUUCAGUUCCAGUAUCAUCAGUAUCUUCAUGUUCACGAUCAUCAAUAUCUGCAUUCCCAUUACCAAAAGAAGUACCAAGCCCAUUUUCAGGACACUUAAAUGAACAAUUAGAAAGCACUCGAGUUGAAAAACCCACAAGAAAUUUGAAUCCACAACAAUUGCCAUCACCAGAUUUUAAAUUAACAGAAUAUUCCAUUCUACAGCCAUUGUUUUCUUUUACUCAACCAACACCUGCCAUUUCAAGAAACACCAAGAGCCAUUCGACUUUCCAGUAUUCACUAAGGAAGUUUCCUUCUGGUUUAAAUGAACCUCCUCCAUCAGUUUUUCCAAUACUCAGUACAACCAGGAGUGAUUUGAUGGAAGCAGUAAGAAAAGGAACUGUGUUACACAAGCCUGAAGAUCAGUGUUUACCAGAAGCAAGAGUUAAUCCAUUUGAACAUGAAAUGAAUGUUAUCCUGACUCGUCGUAAGGCUAUGGGAUAUAGUUCAGAAAUAUCAGAUAGUGAAAGUGACUGGAUGGAGGAAAAGUAA